AUGUCCAGUCUGACGGAGAUAUUUGGCCAGGGCCACAACGCCUACUUCUCCAAUGGGCCCAUCACCCGUCUGUCGGCUAUCCGCUUAGAUAACCAGCUUCUGGACAGGGCCUCCACGCACCAAAGUGCAAAGUAUCUCACCUUUGACGAGCUGAACCCUCUGCGCACACCGGACGGGAGGCUCGCAUUUAACAAAUAUGAAGACGUGGCGGAGGUGGUUGGUCGUCCCUACGCUAAAGACGAGAAGUCGCAGAUAGCAGAGUUCAAUCCGGACGAGCAUCACCCGACACUCAUCUUUCUCGGGUUGGAUCUGGAAGAUAAAUCUGCAGCCCCUGAAGGGAGAGUUCAACUGGGCCAGUAUACCGGAGUGCCAUACUUUGCUCUCGACGUGAGCUCGAAGCACUAUGCAGCGUUCAAGGAGUCGCAAACAGCAAAGACCGGCGGCCUCAAAUACGUGCCCACCAGGGUCGACCUCACGUUGGAUCACCCGCAGUCAGCAAUAUACAGCCACGCACGGUCCCUGAUUGACUGGAACAAUCGCAACCGGUACUGUUCGAGCUGCGGCGGCCGCACGCUGUCGACACACGGCGGAGCGAAAUGGGUCUGUCCACCCGCCGACAACGGCGUCCUCCGCCCGCGAGCUUGUCCGACCCGGAUUGGCCUUCACAACCAGGCCUUUCCCAGGACGGACCCUACGGCCGUCAUCGCGCCUAUAUCCGCCGACGCGAGACGCGUCCUUUUGGGCCGCGGAAAGCGCUGGCCCGCCAACUACUUCUCCUGUCUGUCGGGCUUCAUCGAGCCCGGCGAAAGCAUCGAGACGGCAGCCAGGCGGGAAGCGUACGAAGAGACCGGUGUCCGCAUCGGCAGGGUGCAGAUCCACUCCAGUCAACCGUGGCCGUAUCCGUCGACCAUGCUGAUUGGCGCCAUCGGCCAGUGCGUCGAGGGAGGCGAGCAUAUCACCUACCCGGAGACGGAGCUGGAAGAGGCCAAAUGGUUCGAGCUUGCUGAGGUCGAGCACGCCUUGAACAACGGCGCAAACCCAAUGUGGGAACCGCCUAUCAAGGGGUACACUACUGGUCCAAGAGUGCCCCCGAGCCAGUUGAUGGCACAUCAGGUGCUGAGAGGGGUGCUGAAGUUGUUUCACAAAUAA